GCAGCCGCGUAUUCACUUGUAAUGAGGGGCCAUCGGCUUGCGUGGCUGAAUGGAAUCCGCUUCCACACCGCCCGGGCCCGGGGAGGGCGCGCUCCAUAGUCUCCGCGUCCCCACGGGGGGCUCUGGUCCCUGCACCUGCCUUCUCGGCACGGCCCCUGCUUCUUUGAGACGUGCUGCUUGGCUGGAACGACACUGCGCUCUCCCGGCCCUUAUCCGACCUUCCCUAUGCCCAGCCCUGCAUGCUGGGUGACCCAGGGCUGUGGCCUGGGCUGCUUUCUCUCUUCGUUUACCCCAUAACUGCCCUUCCCCUCCCCCUUGGGAUAGCACUAGCUCAGCACUGCAGCUGCCUGCGCCCAAAAACCCAACUCAUCAGAACCAGGACACACCUGCCUGCCCUGGAAACCUGCUGCCCUUCCCGCAGCCUCCAUCUCUGCUCACCUUAUCGUCACGGUGCCAUUUGACAAAAGCAAGAGUGUCAUUCUUGACUCCUUUUCGCCCGUUUCAAAUCCUUCACUGGGCCUGACGGGUCCACCUCCAGAGCAUUUCCGGGACUGGCCGCAGCCACCGUAUCCACUUUCUGACCGCAGGACAUUCUCGGGCUACCUGCUUCCCUUCUGUCUCCCGCCCACUGCCCACCCAGAGCCUCAAGAGCCAGUCUUCAAUCCUCCAGGAGCUCCUGCUAAGUGUCAGGGGUCCCCUUUGAGUUGGUGCUGGUUCUGCUUCCCAGGUCUCUGCUCCUAGGUCUCUGCUGUGGCCACCUCAGCUUACAGGAUGUUUCACGGGAUCCCAGCCACUCCAGGCAUGGGAGCCCCUGGAAACAAGCCAGAACUAUAUGAGGAAGUGAAGCUGUACAAGAAUGCUAGGGAGCGGGAGAAGUAUGACAACAUGGCGGAGCUGUUUGCAGUUGUGAAGACCAUGCAGGCACUGGAGAAGGCGUACAUCAAGGACUGCGUCACCCCCAACGAGUACACAGCAGCCUGCUCUCGUCUCCUGGUUCAGUACAAAGCUGCCUUCCGGCAGGUCCAGGGCUCAGAGAUCAGCUCCAUCGACGAGUUCUGCCGCAAGUUCCGCUUGGACUGCCCCCUGGCUAUGGAGAGAGUGAGGGAGGACCGCCCCAUCACCAUCAAGGAUGACAAGGGAAAUCUCAACCGCUGCAUUGCCGACGUCGUCUCACUCUUCAUCACAGUGAUGGACAAGCUGCGCCUGGAGAUCCGCGCCAUGGAUGAGAUCCAGCCUGACUUGCGGGAGCUGAUGGAGACUAUGCACCGCAUGAGCCACCUGCCUCCUGACUUCGAGGGCCGCCAGACGGUCAGCCAGUGGCUGCAGACACUGAGUGGCAUGUCUGCCUCCGAUGAGCUGGACGACUCUCAAGUGCGCCAGAUGCUCUUCGACCUGGAGUCGGCCUACAACGCCUUCAACCGCUUCCUGCAUGCCUGA